AUGCCACAUCUUUACACUGAUGGUAUGCAUCAACCGUUUCAGGUAGUCGAGAAACUUGGUUUCUGCAUGUUUGGGUUACUUUUUAUUUUAUCACAGAACUCGUUCACCGUAGGAGCUGAAUUUGACGAUUCUAAGUAUAUUUUCGACUUUCAGCAGGAAACCUUGAUGAAGAGGGAUGAAGAGCUUAUAGAUAUUAGUCAUACUCGAAUAUCCUUGCCAAUUCCGGGCUCCAAUCAACGACUGCCUUUUAAAGCUCACAUGUUCGAGCGCUUCAACGACAUCGAUCUCAAUUUCGCACAAGUUAUCCCGAGUCUCAAUAGUCACAACAUCAGGAAGGAUAAUAUUGUCGAUGAACUAGUCACAAACAGCGCGAAUCCAAGCGUUGUUGGCUGA